AUGGAUACCCGUUUAUUUUACCGAAAAAGACAAGGAAGAAGCUACAUUCCUCCAGAAAGCAGUGACGAGGACUGUUUGGACAGUGAUGACAGUGAUCUGGAUAAAACCUACGUUCCUGAACGACUUACAGGCUCACAAUCAGGUGACAGUAGCAGCAGCGAAGAAAACUGUGAUGAGCCAGAUGAAGUGGGAGUGCCUUGUGUUUCAAACACAGAGCAGAUAGUUGAACCUGAAGUUGGUGAUAAUCUUCCUCAGGCACAAUCUCCAUCUCGUUGUAAUGUGCCGAAAUUGAACCUUCUUUGGAAGAGGAACACGGUAAAAUCUGUAUUUCCUUCUCCUGUUUGGACUGGAGAAAUUCCACCAUCUACAGAAGUAUUUUCACCACUAACGUACUUCAAAAAGAUUUUUGACUCAAGUAUCAUUGACUACAUAUGUCAACAAACGAAUCUGUAUUCGAAGCAGUGUGAUGUGGCCAACACCUUCAGUGUUACCUCUACUGAAAUUGAACAAUUUAUUGGUAUUGCAUUCUACAUGUCACUGAUUGCUAUACCUGGGAACAGAAGAUACUGGAACAAGAAAUGUGGUGUGAAACAAGUGUCUGAUGUAAUGACACUACGCAGAUGGGAACAAAUAAAGAGAUAUUUACAUUUUGCUGACAAUACUCAGCAACAUUCUGCACCUGACAGACUGUUCAAGGUUAGAAUGGUAAGCGACAUGCUGCGAAAAAAUUUAUCAAAAAUACCAAUUGAAGAACACCUUGCAGUGGACGAACAAAUUGUGCCAUUCAAAGGUCACAGUAGCUUGAAACAGUAUAAUCCCAAGAAACCAAAAAAGUGGGGCUACAAAAUAUAUUGCAUAGCAGGUGCCAGUGGUAUUAUUUAUGAUUUCGAAGUCUAUUCUGGACCUGUCAAUCAACCCAGUCAUCUUCCUAAUGUAAACGCCAGUGGAAAUGUAGUGCUCAGAUUGGCUGAAAGAAUACCAAAGUAA